AUGGAGAUUGACCCAAUGGUGAUUGCUAUCUUCGGCCGUCCCCCUGAGGGCAUUGAUCUCUCGGCAAACCAAGAGAUAAAGAAUACUACCAUUGUUCUUUCUACGUUAUGUAUCUCUGCUUUAUUCUUAGCGGGUAGAAUUGCUAUUCGGACACAGCAGUCCCAUUUGAGCUUGGAUGACUACACUAUUAGUUUAUCAUGGCUCUUUGUGGCUAUUACAGCUGCGAUAGUGGUUGUUACUGGCCAAGCCGGUGCGGGGAAACAUGUUUGGGCACUCACGAUAAACGAGAUCGUUGAGAUAUCAAGGCUCUCAUAUAUAUACGGUUUCGCCUACACAACUUCUAUCUUUACAACAAAGGCCUCUAUUCUCCUCCUCUAUCGACGAAUAUUUCGCGGAGGCACCGGUCUCUCAUUCCAAGUCAUAUUUUGGUUUGGAGCCAUUCUUACGGUAUCGCAUCUACUGACAUUUAUAUUUUUAAUGGUGUUCGGAUGUUCACCAAUAUCACACUUUUGGACACAGUUCAAGGGAACAGACGGCACCUGCAUCAAUAUUGGCCAGUCUUUUGUUAUAUUGGCUUUUACUAGUCUCUCUAUAAAUAUAAUCCUGGUAUUAAUCCCGGUUCCAGAAGUAGUUAAACUUCAAAUGAGCAGGGAGAAGAAGGUUACAGUGUUUACUGUCUUGGCACUUGGAGGCUUAGUCUGUAUCGCUUCUGGUAUACGUAUUCAUUACCUGAUUGCCUGGACCAAAUCGAUCGAUAUCACGUGGACUAUGGGUUCAGUUGCUAUCUGGUCGUCAGUCGAGGCAUCAAUGGGCAUAAUAUCAGCCUGUUUACCCAGCUUCAAGUCAUACUUGGGGCACCUCUGCUGGAAAGGCAGGAGGAAGAAUAGACCGGGCUUCCGAGCAAUUCGAAUCUCUGGGAAAGGAAAAAGACUACAGUCUGAUGAAGAAAUUGCGCUGCGAAGCCAUAAGUCCAGGGGAAAUGGAGAAAGCCAUUUUGGGCAGGGAGAAAGUAACACUGGACGGGGAAAAAGCAACACUGGACGGGGAAAAAGUGACACUGGAAUGGUCAAAAGUCAUAUUGGACAGGGAAGUGAACGCAGGGAGGUUUUUAUCCGGACGGGCACUAAGCAGAUUGUUAUUGAGAUACCCGAUGCAGCGAGGCUACGCCCUAGAGUUGAGACUGGUCAGAGGCCAGUACAGCCCAAGAACCGCCCCUCAAAGCCAGUGCACGUCGCACACCUUGUAUCAAAAUGA